GACCAGGAUGUUAUGAAACUUUUGCCGCAGCUCUUUUGUAACUGCACGGCGCGGCCCGCCCCCUUCGCCAGCCUCGGCCAAUGGGCAGCGGCGCUCGCAGUCACGCGGCUGCCGCCCGGUCCCCUGCUCGAGGGCGCGCGCGUUCGCUCGCCAGUCAGUUGGUCGGGACAUGUCGGGCGGGCGGAGCGGGGACGGCGUCUUCCCGCUGCCGAGUGAGGGGAGCUGGGGCUGUUAUUGCUGCGGGGGCCGGGUGGUCGACUCGGCGGCCGUAGAGACACCCUGGGAAUGCGGGGGGUUUGCCACUGCGGCGGCAGGUCGGGUGUCGGCCGAGCGGCUGCGGGAGGUGCUGGAGCGGUGCUCGCUGGCGGCGGGCUGCGGAGCCGUGCAGCUGGGCGGCCUGGUGGACUGCCUACUGCUCGGCUUCAAACGGCGAGCGGCGGGAGGCCCGAGCCCCGCCGCCGCCGGCCGCCUGACCCAAGCCAGGGACCUCCUGGACUGUGGCGGCUGCUGGCAGUCACUUGCUGACCCGGUCACUCUGCGCUGCGGCCACACCUGGUGCCGGCUGUGCCUCCUCUGGGAUCCCCGGUGCCGGCUGUGCGGCGAGGAAGCGGCGGCGGCGCCGGGGAUCGAGGUGCGGUCCCUGCGCUCCAACGUGAUCCUGUCUCAUCUUAUGGCCAAGUGGUUCCCGGCCCAAGUGAGCCGUGCUCGGGACAACAUCAGACUGGAGGAGUUGCUGGCCGAGGGUCGUUACCCCGAAGUGUUGGCCUUAGUGGGACAAGGGGAGUUAAAACCCAAUGAUGUUGCCUUACUGAGCUACAGGGCUGAAUCAUAUGCUGGUCUUCAGCUAUUCGAAGAAGCAAUGGAAGAUGUAGAAGCAUUGUGUUCAAGAAUGCCUGCUUGGCCGGAGGGAUACUUUAGAAAAGCUAGAGUGCUGUAUUCAAUGGGUCGAGUUGAUGAAGCCAUACAGUCAUUUCUUCAGUGUUUGGCUUUGGAUGAAAAUUUUACUCCAGCAAAAGUACAAUUGGAAAAGAUUUUAUCUUAUUUGUUGUCACCUGGUCCUGAGAAUGUCAAAGAAGAAUUACUGCACAGUAGGAAUAAAGAUUUGACAGUGCAAUUGUCUACUGCUGUUGACUGCUGUAAAAUACUGUCAUAUUCAACCAAGCUGAAAAAUGAAAUAUCAAAUGCAUCAAACACUGCGAAGGGAGAGCGUGUAUGUCUGAAUCAGACAGAAUUGGUUCAGUUGCCACAUUCGGUGGGGAAGACUGUUGGAUUGAAAAGGAUUUCUUCAGCUCCACUACUUUCAAGCCAAGAGAAAACGGUUAACAUGAAAAGAAAACUGUCUUUCAGUGAUCAGGAAAUAAGGGAUGCUGUCAAUUGGAAGAAUAAAUACCAAAAGCAGGAUACCGAACAACUGUGCCAUUCAUCAUGUUCUGAGAGUACAAUACCAAAAGAUCUGAUAGAUGCAUCAGAUUUUGAAUGUCCUCUUUGCAUGAGAUUGUUUUUGAAGCCUAUCACUACACCGUGUGGCCACACCUUCUGUAAAGGCUGUUUGGAACGAAGUUUGGACCAUAGCCCUAUGUGUCCACUAUGUAAAGGUAGUCUAAAGGAAUAUCUUGAAAGUAGGAACUACAGUGUUACCUGUAUAUUGGAAGAAUUAAUUGCAAGGUACCUUCCUGAAGAAUUGUGUGAAAGGAAAAGGGUUCAUGAUGAAGAAACUGCUGAACUAGUUAAUUUAACCAAGAAUGUUCCUAUUUUCGUAUGCACAAUGGCAUAUCCUACUGUGCCUUGCCCGCUUCAUGUUUUUGAGCCACGGUAUAGGCUUAUGAUUCGAAGAUGCAUUGAUACGGGUACAAAACAGUUUGGAAUGUGCAUCAGUGACCCACAUAAAGGAUUUACUGACUAUGGCUGUAUGUUACACAUAAGAAGCAUUCACUUCCUUCCUGAUGGGCGAUCGGUUGUGGAUACUGUUGGAGGAAAUUGUUUUAAAGUUUUGGAAAGAGGACAAAAAGAUGGAUAUUACAUUGCCAAUAUUGAAUACUUAAAAGAUGUAAAGGUCACAGGAAAGGAGCUGGGUAAGCUGGUGGAUCUUCAUGAUGAGGUAUAUUUACAAGCCUGCAACUGGUUUCAAAACCUGAAGAGUAGAUUCCGUAGUCAAAUCCUCCAGCAUUUUGGACCAAUGCCAGAGAGGGAAGAAAAUAUACAGGGACCUCCAAAUGGACCUGCUUGGUGUUGGUGGCUUCUAGCUGUUCUUCCUGUGGAUCCCAGAUACCAGUUAUCUGUGCUGUCCAUGACAUCCUUGAAAAAUCGCUUAAUUAAAAUUCAGAAUAUUUUGACGUAUUUCUCCAGUGCAAGAUAUCAACCCAAGUGAAAAUCCAAAUGGACUUUAUUAAAAGAUCACCUAAUUUUCUUGAAUGACUAGCUACGUUUUCAUAUGGCUCAGAGUAAGAAAGAAAGGAAAUGUAAAUAUGCUGUAAAUGGGAAGAAAACCUGUCAUUUAUUUUCGGCCAAGAAAGGUUGUAAUAAACCAUUUUUGAAUGGAUGUAAUUCCAUGAUAUUUGUAUUUUUUUUUGAAGUUGUACCAAUUUGGAUACUGCUUGAGUGAAUUCAAUACUUGUAGGUAUGUCCUGAACUCUGAGCAAUAUAGUUAUCAUAAACUUGAAUGGAUAUAUCUGAUUUGUUGGAGCCUAUUCUGACCUGACUGAAUCUUGUUAAGUGGUGGCUCCAUGUGUUCAGGCAGGCCUCUGCUAUUUGCCAGACUGCUUCCUUUGUUACGCAGUCAACUUGUUGACCAUGGGAGCUUUCCCAAUUGCCCUUAUCUGUUGAUGCCAUAUGUCCACUUUGAGGCCAGAGUAAUUGUAUAAUGGUCAGAAGGAGGAACUCUGGCUGGAUUUGUUUCUCCUUUCUUGUUGCUAUUCAGUAAAGUAAGCAAGGGAACAAAACAAGGCAUCAAUGAUUUAUUACCCCAAUGUGCAAACAAUGCAUAUCACUAGGAUUCUAGAUUCUCUUAAUGAUACCUUUUGACAAAUACAAAAAAACUAGAAUGUAUCACUGUGCUAUGCAGUUAUAAUUGUUUCAUUACUUAAGGUUUUAAUUACAAUAAAUAAGUAACUAACCUCAAAAUGGCUGGAUGCUUUUAAGAUUUGGGUUUAUAUAAAUUCAGUAUAGCUUAAAUUUAGCUAAUGUAUUUGUUUGCUUAUAAGUGAACUAUUAAGCUGUUUUUGUUUUAAAAAGCGAAAUUCUGUCCACUGGUUACAGUACACUUGGUCAUGUGAUGGUUUGUAUUUUUGCUCCAUGAGUUUGUAAUUUUCCAGAUUUUAAAUGCUGACAUAGUGUAAUUAUGCCAGGUGUUGACUUCCUCAUCUGUAAACUACUUGUAAAAGAUUUCUACAAAAUUCCAUCUAGCUUGUAUAUUUUUGAAUAAAAUGUCAAAAAUUAGAAAA